AAUACUUUCGUGCACUAAUAUAGUGAUUUCUGCCUCAAACAAGGCAAUUUGUGGGAAAUGAGUUUGCAUUGUGACACAGGGAAAGUCAGUAUUGCUAAAUCACUUGCCAUUUCAGUGGAUAUAUGUACAUAUGUCGACAAAGAUAUUUACUGACUGAAAACUAAAGGAAAUAAGUAAUACUGUUGCUACUUCUAGCAAGCUACACCAUCUUUUAACUGACUCUAUAAUGUGUCAAAAUUCUGUUUAAGGCUUUGCAACCACAGUCGUCUUCGCUCGCUAGUCAGGUUUUCCCAGUCUUUUCCUUGGCUUUUUAUCACCUUGGGUAGUCUAUAAUACAUUAAUUGUGUCUCUCUAUCGGAUCUAUUGUGGCAGCCAACCACUCGACAAUAGUUAACCAUUGCUAUUCAAAUUUAAAUGCUUGAGGUUACACGCCAACACAGGUCAACUGGAACGCCCGAUACCUCCACAAUGGCGGACAUCCGUUCUGUGACGUCACGUGAAAACACACUAUAUAGGCUAUAUAUAAAUAUUAUUGGAAAAAUACAAGAAGCUUGACAAAUACAAUACCAACAUUGGAAGGAUGACAUUAAUGCAGCGAAAUAUAACCAAAGUGGGGAAGAUCGUAAAAUGUUUUAUUCAACAAGACGUAAUUCCAGUGAGAAGCUGCGCUGUUCCGCAUAACAUCACGUCACAUCGGGGGCUUGUAGUGGGUUCGGCGAAACUAAAACAAGGUGUCUGCGGAUUAAAAAACUACAGUAAAUCAUAUAAGACGGUUCUGACUUCAAAUCAGUCACAUCUGAAAUGCAUGUCGACGGCAAGUUCGAACUCGUCAUACGGUGUUGACAAAGUACAGAUAUCUCCCGACAACAGAUACCUUGCAGUUCGCUGGACUAAUGGAAAGCAAUCACAAUAUCACAGCGUAUGGCUGCGACACAACUGCCACUGUGACGACUGUAAACAAAAAGAUAGCGGACAGAAAAUCUUCGACGUGGCAUCUAUUCCCACAGUCGUCCACCUACACCAAGUCACUGUUAAAGGAAAUACUUUACACUUAAUCUGGGGAGGGGAGUGUGAACACCGCGGAGAAGUCCCCGCCUCCCUCCUCUGGCAAUGUGACUACUCCCAGGAGGCCCUGAAUCGCCGAUAUCAGGACACGAGAUUAGACGAAAACUGCUGGACAAAGAAAAUACCAGAAAUGUAUUUUGAAGAAAUCAUUAACUCCGAUAAAGGACUUUUGAGUUUUUUGACGAAUAUCAAUGUCUAUGGUCUUUGUCUGUUGAAGAAAGUACCUCUAAAGGAAGAUAAAGUAACCCAGGUUGCUAAACGAAUAUGGCCAUAUAUAGAAAAUACUAUUUAUGGCGAAAUAUUUGAAGUGGUCGCCGCUCCGAAGCCUAUCAACGUGGCUUACUCAGACGUUCACCUUGACCUUCACAUGGAUCUCGUGUACUACGAGUCACCGCCGGGGCUCCAGCUCCUGCACGCUGUCAGGUUUGAUGACUGCGUGGUAGGGGGAGAAAGUACGUUCCUAGAUGUCUUCCAAGUGGCUCAGCAGUUCAAAGUUACCCAUCCAGAGGAGUUCCGGUCUCUGGUUCAAAUCCCGGCAUCCUUCCAGAAGAUUCAUUACGACAGAGAGCUGCCAGUUCAUCUGACCCGCCAACAACCACACAUCGUCCUGAAUCACAACGAAGAGAUAGUACGCGUAAACUGGGCACCGGCCUUCGAAGCGCCGCUUACUGUAAACGAGGAAAAUGUGGAGACGUAUUACAAAGCAUAUGGAGCAUUUGCUAGAGCUGUUCGAGAUUCGCCCAACUUGCUAACCAUGAGGAUGAAGCCUGGUGAUAUGACUGUCUUCAACAACAGACGAAUGCUGCACGGACGAGAACAGUUCAAACUCAAUGGAGGCGUUCGAUUUCUAAAGGGCGCCUAUGUACACACAGACCACUUCAAAAUUCGGCUGCAGACGUUGUCUCGUCUCCUAGGUGACGAUCACACCAUGAAACAUGUUGGGAAUGGAGAUUGGUUCUAACUACAAGCUUCAGGAACGCUAGGGACAUGUCCACUUGAGUCUUUCAUACACUCACUGUGUAUACCACACUAUCAGAAUGACAGAAAAACUGGCUUACAAGAUCUUAGACUGUUCCUAAGAGCAGCUACGAUUCAAAAUCUUGAAGUGACAGACCCAAGUUUGAAUCAGACAUUUCCUACCAUUUAUUCUUUAGAUUAUCCAUUUCCGUAAGUCCAAAAUGUAUUUGGUCAUCCAGACCACUGAGGGCCCCGUUUUACUAAGCGAUUUUAGCGCUAAGAUCAUCUUAAGGGCAUACGGGACCCAAGUUGUUGGUGCUUAUAAAACUUUUAUUAGAGUCUACUCAAGACUUUUAAUAGAGUCUGAGACAUGAAUGUCAUGACAACGCCAUACAAGUUGUAUCAGUGUGACGUCAUUAGAGAUUGAGUCUGGACUCUAUAAAAGUUUUACAAACACGGGCCAGCUGGUGUUUGUAAUACCACUAAA